AUGGCCACUUCUGGAAAUGCGGCAAGAAACAUCGAAGUCGAAGAAAACCAAAAGAAAAUAUCUGAGGACAUCACGCAGGAGGGCAACUGUCAAGCCGGCCACGACACGGAGAAAUUUCUUCCGGCAUCAGAUUGGGUCACCUUAACCGAACGACGCGGUCGCUAUAAACCAUUGCACCCAGGCCGGUUGAGAAACAGUUUGCUCGCUGGGGUUGGAUUUCUUGAGCUAGGAAAUGCAGGAGACUUCGCUGCUAAUGUCUGGAACGAAAUUCCGGUGAAGAAAUGGGUCGCUGUCUUGAUGGCACUUGGGGCAACAUUGGCCCUGGUGACCUCCCUAUUUGCCUUUCGCGAUAUCACACUCAGCUGGCGCAACAUACGGGUCUUAAGGGAGGAGAGAUUACACCUGAGGCGAGAACAAGCGCGAUGUCGCAACAACAAGGCUUGCUUGCGAAGUGUGGAAGCCUUGCUGGGUGUCAACUUCCGUGAAAGUGGCACUGAGCUGCUGGACCGGCUCAUCGUGGAUGUGCUGUUGGGCUUCGGUGCCCUUCUGGUCAGCAUUGGUACUUAUAUGGCUAUCGGUGGAGCCAAUCCUUCCGUCUUCGCCGCCAGCAAUCUGCUCUCAGGGUACAUCGGCAACGCCGCAGGAGCACUUUACGGCCUUAUCAAUGCAGCAUGGUCCACCUACGUUUCAAUACGGGCAUAUCGACAUCGCUCUGCAGGGCUCGUCAAAUUGCAAUCAGAUCUCGCCAAACGUCUGCUGCGGCAUCGCACGCGCCAAGUACAGACUCACGCGAUGGUGCUUGCAAUUACGGGUCUUGCAGCGGGCGCAGGAGGUCUUAUAACUGCCACGAUGUGGUGGGGUUAUAUCAUCCUGGUCCCUUGCAUUGUGUCCAACAUCUAUUGUAACUGGAUGUGGCGGCACCAAAUCGGAUACGAACGACCAAUAGCUGCCAACAUUGUCGAAAUCGACCAACAAUCGCUGAUCAGAGAGUUGGAACGGGUCGAUGCUAUGAGAAAUUAUCUGGGCAACCGGAAGCCGUCAAACUCGCCCAAAGGCGACACGACUCAUGAUUUCACAUCGAUCGUCUCGAUCAUCCGGUUCAUGAUAUCCAUCGACGUUUUCGAAAGCUUCUGUGUCCGCGUCAUGCGUGAUUCACGGCUAUCUGCAGCUCUAUUGCAGGCAUCAAAAGGAGAUCUCACCAUCCAUGAACAAACGUUCCGGGAGCUGGAUCGAAAAUAUUUACCGCCGCUAAUAGAGAUCGCAAGAUUACAUAUAGAAGAGAGGGGUCCUGUGCAGUUGAGAUACCGAGAGAGGUACCUCCUGGAGGCUCUGGGGUGUUACCUGCGGGUACAAGGUGACACACCCACCAGCAAAGAGCUGGAGCAUCCGCUUCCAAAAGAAUCAGCAUAG